CCUUAACAUAUACAUGCGAUUUCGUAAACGUAAUUUGUAUAGUGGAUCUCAAAUUGUUCGAUUUGUUUAACUCUCCACCAUCGCAACGUUCCGUCCCCAAUUUCAUUUUAAGCAAGAAAAAGUGAUUGAAAAAUUAUAUUUCAAAAGACAAUACCAAGUCAAGAGCACGAAAAGGGAAAUUACUACGCAUGCAUAUACAAGACUUAGUGGUGUCCUUUAUUUCGAAUCAACGUAUGAAUGAAGUUUUGUUGAAUUCCAUAGUCCUUGUAUACACAUUGUAUAGUUACACCCACGCAGAAUCAAAUUGCAUCCAGCGUGCAACAGAUUAUUAUAGUUCACUCACCAGUACCGGUCAUUGUCUCUCCGGUUUAUCUAUGAAUGUUUCUUUGGACUAUAUAAAUAACUGUUCUCACGUGUGCUCAAUGAAAUCGUCAUCAAAGAAAGAUAACUACGCACGAAUAGAUGUAAAAUACGAAACUGACGUCAUUCUAAAGCUAGAGAGUAAGAAGAAUACGGCAUGUGGAUACAGUCUUACAGACAUUUACAUUGAAUGCACUAUCAACCAAAGUACACAAGAGGCGUUACAGGUCUGCAUUAUCAACCAAUGCAUAGAUUUACACAACACUGUUGUCCAAGAAUUCGCUCAAGAAAACGUCAUUUCUGAGGAUACCAACGCCUACUACAUUUUAGCAGGAAGCAUUGGGGGAUUCCUAAUCGGCGUGGUCGUAUCAAGCUUGAUAUGUUUAAAGUCUAAACUCAGAUGUUGCUUACGAGAAGAAAAUACCAGCGGAGGACAAAAGUACCCUGUUCGUUCACUGGCGUCCCACGAAGCUACUGACGGUCGUGAAGUUGGGGCCUAUCAGCAGUCUGUCAAAUGUCAACAAAUUUAGUCAGGUAAGUAUUGCCACAACAUGAUCUCAAGCAGGGCCUGCAUGACGGCCAUAUUGUUAAUUUACGUGCAUGUGUGAGCACUAACGAGAGCCCUAGACUACUCGUAGAUCAAGAUUGGUGGUAAAUCGCAAGUCAUUAACUUUUAUUGAGACGGUUGUACGUGCUACGUUCACGUUUACGUCUAUGUUUACCUCUACGUUAACGAUCUAGGAUCGUUUAGUGAAACGGCCGUCUGAGCGCUAAGGAUUUGUCUAGAUUUAUGGUUCUUCAAUUACAGCUGGGAACGUCUCAAUAUGAAGAAAACAUCUGGAAGAGACGUAAAAUAAACAAACAAAAAGCAUUACAAGUUAACUAUCGGGAAACUAUGUUUAAAAAGAUAGCCGUAAUAAUACACUAUCAGUAAUAUAUCUUAAAUAUAGCAGAGUCAUAAAAAGGUCUUGAAAUGGGUAUUGUUCUAAAGUUUGGUCAAAACAUAGCAUGAACUAUAUAAAAACCUUUAAGAUAAUUACAUAUAAACCUAAGUAAUGAUAUCUUUCCAAAUAUAGUUACAGGUAAGCAUCAUACCUAAUUAAGACAGGGCUCAUGGUGAGUGAGACCGGUCGACAGGGGAUUAUGAGUCUUCCCAGGUACCCGAUCCCGCCUCUUCUUUUUCCAGGGGUCCGUGUAUGCCCACCUUUCUAUUUUGUAUUGCUUUUAAAAGUUCUUAGAUUAAUCUUUGUUUGUUAUCUUCUCCUUUUAUGUAAAUAACGGUAUAAUAAUUGAUGUGAAACAUUCCAUGGUGAAUUUAAACGGGGCUAUUGAAACCACUGUAACAUCAACAAGUUUGUCAGUAGCCUGUCUUAAUUCAAAAUCUGAUCAUAUGAAGAAAAACGUGGCCCAAAUUCAUCCAAUAUUGAAGUAUCAUGUCCAUUUUUGUCGAUUGUUGUUUUAUAUCAUGAAUACUUAUUUUACAUGAUUAAUUCUCGUAUUGUAGGCACCCGAAUCAAUCGCGGAGUCUAAUAUAUUUCCUUUGUACGAGGACGUUUCUGACAACAAUACAUACAACCACUUACAUGAGGAAUUGAAAACUGUGGCAAUCCAAACACAUUACUCAACAAUCCAAGGGUCCGCCAUCCUUUCUAAAGAUUCUGAAGCACUAAAUGGAUUGCAAACGAAAGGGACAAAAGGUUCUGAAAUGGACGGGGAUCUAAUUCAACAGAAAUCAUCGACAUAUAGCACUCCAGCAGAUAGCAGCAAAACCGAUUCAGUAUACUCUGGAGUUUAUUUUACUCUUGAAAAGCAUUGAUACCAGUACAUAAAUUUCUUCGUUUAAAAAUCAACAUAACUUUCUCACCCUCCAUAUCCAGAAUAUUUGCAGUACUUUCACUAAAAUCCUUAAAGUUUGAUUGUGUAAUGAAAAUGCUCUCCCCACCAGAGGAAGACAUGUUGAUAUGGCUCAGUACUAUAGAAAGAGUGAAUAUAAAACCUGCAGUAGAAGACUACUUACCUGACACUGAACAAAAGAAACAGAAUUUUACGCAAGACUGGUUAUAUUGUCAGAUUAUUCAAAAUAGUUUUAUUUAUAAUUAUCAUUGGCAAUGGGUUUACCUGAGUCUGUCCAUUCUUAGAACAAACUAUAUAAUGUUUUAAGCAGGAUAUAAGCCUCAAACUGUCCAUUCUGUGAGAGAAAGAACUGAUCUCGGACCUACGGGCCUCGAUCAGCUCUUUCUUGCACAGAAUGGACAGUUUUUGGCUUAUAUCCUUUACAUAAAUUUCUUCGUUUAAAAAUCAACAUGAACUCCCUUCAAACUAUAUUACUCUGAAAGUCAUGUGUUGAAAGUAUUAAAGAUACAAAACAAUAUACAGGCGAAAUAUGAAAUUGAGAGAUUUCUCUACAUUGUAUUAUUGUACUCAUUGUUUAUAUAUUGUUAUAAGAUAAUAGUUUUUUAUAAAAGAAAGAGCUAGGUACGUUUGUUAUCAUAACUAGGCCCUGUAAAAUACAUCAAAAAAUGAAGAACAAUUAUCAAUACAAAUCAUUGUCGGGCUAUAUAAAUAGACAAAUCUAAAGAGGAAAAAAAAACAAGAACAGUAGAGGAAGAAAAAAAAUGAACAUCCCGAGUUAAAUCGUUAUAUAUAUUUUAUAAUUACACUGUUUAUCAUUUCAUAUUUUAAAAAUUGAACCCUAACGUUGAUUAAACAUUGGCCCGUUGUUGGUAAAUUAAAAAAAAAAUCGAGAAAAAAUCACGGUAUAUUAAUUCGGCCUCCUAUAUAGGAAAAAUAACCAUAAAAAAUCAAUUUGCUAAAUUGAUGCCAAAUACGGCAGUCAGAAAUGGUCUAUGCUACCUGUCCCAAUACCCUGCACGGAAUUUUCUUUUCUUUCUUUCUUUUUUUUUUUUAUCCGCAAACGUAACUAAAUCCGCGUGUUUUCCACAUGUGUGUAAACAGCCUGAGUGCACUCCAAGAAGUAGCAUCAGUUACCAACAUAAAAUAGUUCCUUAGUAAACUACAAUUACCCAGAAUUUCCUAAUCGGGAUGCAAAAAUUGAGAGAAAAGAAUAAAAGGAAAUCAAUCUAAUUAAAAUUAGAUCUUCCAUCCGCUCCCCCGCUUUUCGAUACGUCGCGUCCAUCGAAGACCGGGAAGCAGAUGGAAGAUCUAAUUCUAAUUAGAUUGAAAAGCAAAUGAGAAAAUCGCGCAUGUAAGAAAAAUUCUUUUAAAUAUGUGAAACUAAAAUACACUAAGUUCAUCUUGAUUUUGAUUCCACAAUUACCCGCGGUAUGACAAAGGGGAAUUACACAUUCUUUCAAUUUUCUAUUAAAAGAAUUCAACUUGUUAAAUAUACAAACGGCAUUUAAAGGAAACAGCCAUUAUUUUAAUUCCAGUCACUUUCCUUAUAAUGUAUUUUUCACAUGGGUAAAAGGUUAUGACAAAAUUUGUAAAUGUCGAUCAAAUAUGGAAGACCCGUGCAACGUACACCAAGCGCAAAAUAUAUUUUAAAAAGAAUUCAUGAACAAUUAAAAAAACAACACCGUUGACUAUAUGCAUAAGUAAUAGCUCACAUUGAUUCUCCUUGUGCCAAAAUUCGCACAUAAAUUUUCGGCAAUAAUUGGUAAUGAUAGGUUACAAAAACAUGAUCUAGCCUAGUUCUUAAUUCCACGGUUAAAACUAAACACACUUAUCUGUUAUUUUGUAGAUUUCUUUCUAUUCCGUUUAGGGUCGGAUAAUUCGAAGUAGUUCUAUUUUGCCUUCCAUAACGUUGUUCAUAAACGUCGACGUCAUGACGUUAUUUGCGGUUUUUUGUUAGAAACAACGCUAUAUUUAACUAACGCUUACAAGAAAACGACAAGACACAUAGGGGAAAAUUAAUGUGUUCUGACAAUGGCAUAUUGUGGACAUCUUAUGUGUUUAAUUUGAUCAAAUUUGGAGACAGGGUCGAAUUUGCUUCCCAACGUACCUAGCUCUUUGUUGUUGAUACACUAAUGUCUUUUUACAUGCAUUCUUGUUUUAACCUUACAUAAUUAUUACAACUUAGAAACACUGUGUAAUAAGUGACAUGUACGUUACAGUAAUUAGUCACAAGUGAAAAUGAUAGCAUAAUCAUGUUUAAAUUAUAAACGUUUAUACCUGUAUAUAAUACUAAUUUUAAAUGUUUACCUGUAACGAAACACAAAAAGAUGGUACUUUUAACAAUAUGAAUCCAAUGAAAGGUGAAUAUAACGAACAGUGAUCAAUAUAACGGUUUUAAAGUUCGAUGAUAACAACGUUUACCACAAACUCCAUGUGGAAUUAGUUUAGAUACAUAUAUACACCCAGGCGUGUGAAAUAUUAAAUAUAUUAGCUAUCGUGCCAUUUUGAAAAUUGCUCAUAUUUUACAAAUUUUUGUGAAGAUAUAUUGAACACGGUAUGUUGAGCACACAUAUAGAAGUUUGUUAAUGACAAAAUGACGAUAACAAUGACCAAUCACACCAAUACUAGCUACAAGAUAAGUUUUAUCGGCCGCUGAAAGAGCCUGGCUCAAAAAGUGCCAAAAAUGGCCCAUGCUUAAAACAAAUAAAUAUUACUGUAAAAUACAUCUAGAGACUUCAAACUUUCUCUAGCUAUCUUUCAUUUUUCUGAUAACGCUAAAGUUUUCUUUGUAACCGGUCUUCAAAAUACCGUGUAUUACAACGAUUUUGUCGUUAAACGUCGCAAUUGAACAAAACGUCAUUACAUAACGUUGUCAACGCUUCGAAGUUUUCAUGGCUAUAUUGGGUUGGUUAUUUCUAUGAAAACAAAAUAUUUUGAAAAUAUUUGAUAUACAUUUACGUUGAACUAGUUGAUAACAGUUACCAAGACUACUGAUCUUGGAUAAUUUCAAAUCGGAAUAUGAACGAGUUUUGGUACGAGUAAAGCCGAUACCGCAUCUAGUGGAAUGUUAUUUUUUUUAGAUCGAGACAGGUAAGUUCAGAACAUUGCAUUAUAUGAUUAGUAAUUCUUCGGUAUAUGAGCAAUUACAAUUUAUUGCAAGUUCUUUAUUCUGUAUCUUAUUAAACCUGUAUAAAACGAUGCUUUGAAAACAUCGGACAACGUG